CGUUUGUUUUCUGUCUAUCAACACAACGUGUAAACAGCGACACACGGAACCGAGCUGUGGUGAGACACUGCUGGCGGUGAGCUCACGAAAAUGCGUUUUAAUAAGUAAUAACGGUGCACGAGAAGGCUAGCUUAAGUGCAACUUUCUUAGUUUAAAACCCAGCAGUGUAAGUAGAGAGGCCAUUUGGGCUGUGAGCAGGACGGAGGGAGCAUCUCAAAAACGCUCAUCGACGACUAUGGCAGCGGCGACUGUUGUGGAGGCUGAUCCGGCGACGAGCGAAGGAGGUGCCGCCUUUUCUGGCGUUCAGACCAGGGGCUGGGAUGAAUCUCAGCUCCGAAAAUACUCUUUCCCCACUAAGCCCAUUCCCAGACUCUCUCACACGGACCCCAGGGCUGAGAUGCUAAUAAACAACGAGGAACCGGUGGUUUUAACAGACACAAACCUUGUGUAUCCAGCUCUCAAGUGGGACAUCCCGUACCUCCUGGAGAACAUUGGAAAUGGAGACUUCUCUGUUUACAUGUCAGAAAACCACAAAUUCCUUUACUAUGAUGAGAAGAAAAUGCCCAAUUUUGAGAACUUUGUCCCCAAGUCCCAGCGAAUGGAAAUGAAAUUUUCUGAAUUUGUAGAUAAAAUGCAUCAAACGGAGGAAACAGGAGGAGAGAGCAGGGUCUAUUUACAGCAAACUUUGAAUGACACAGUAGGAAAAAAGAUAGUCGUUGACUUUCUUGGUUUCAACUGGAACUGGAUCAACAAACAGCAAGCCAAGAGGAACUGGGGCCAGCUGACAUCCAACCUGCUGCUUGUAGGCAUGGAGGGAAAUGUAACUCCAGCACAUUAUGACGAGCAGCAGAACUUCUUUGCACAGAUCAAAGGCUACAAAAGAUGCAUCCUUUUCCCGCCAGACCAGUUUGAGUGUCUCUAUCCGUACCCUGUCCAUCAUCCUUGUGACAGACAGAGCCAAGUUGAUUUUGAUAAUCCAGACUACGAAAAAUUUCCAAAUUUUCAAAAUACUGUUGGAUAUGAAGCUGUUGUGGGCCCUGGAGAUGUGCUGUACAUCCCGAUGUAUUGGUGGCAUCACAUUGAAUCUUUGUUGAAUGGUGGAGUAACGAUCACAGUAAACUUCUGGUACAAAGGAGCUCCCACGCCUAAGAGGAUAGAAUAUCCACUGCGGGCUCAUCAGAAAGUUGCAAUCAUGAGGAAUAUUGAGAAAAUGCUGGGAGAAGCACUUGGAGAUCCACACGAGGUUGGGCCUUUACUGAAAACGAUGAUCAAGGGGAGAUAUGAUCAGGAUUGUAGCUAAAUGUCCUGCAAAGCUUUCAGAUGGACGGCUUAAAAAUACAAACAAAAACCAACAACCAACCUUCUGCAUGUGAAAGCUGUUUUUUUGAAUGCCCAAUCUGUCGCCGGCGCUCCGUGUGACUGCAUGGCAGCAAUGGAAAUGAUUCUGCUUCAGUCUCUAAGUGGCAUUAUCUUUCAAAGAAUAAAGAACUGCCCAAGCCAUGGGACUCUAACCUACUUGAAGUUUUGGAUUUAUGGAGAAAAGAGCUGAAGGUGGAUGUCUGUCAAUCAGUGUUCUCUCAAGUCGUUGAAUUUGAGCUCAAAGCAAGGGGAGGGGGCGGGGCUUGUAGACUCUAGUCUGAUCUCGGUACCUUUGUGGCAGCCCUUAAUGUGUAGACCACUAAUGGAUGAGUUGAAAGGUUUUCCACUGUAUUUUAGUUUUAUAACAGGGUGUUUUUGAAGUAGUUAUUUUAAUUCAAUGAGUGUAGAUAAUAAUCAGCUAAAUUGACCACACAAAGAAGAGGGGUGAGAACAUUGACUUGCUUUGAUUUAAAAAUGUACCGAUGUGAAAAAGGGGAAUCAGUCAACUCCAUGAAAACGGGAUUUCUUUGAAGUGGAACUUUUUUUGUUUUGUUUUCUAAAAACUGUUUGUCAUGUGUUUUUGAAUAAGAUUUGCUGUUGAGCAUUAAAGUAAGAGACAAAGGAGCACUAAAAACAUUUUUUUAAUAUAUAGACAUACAUAUUUCUCUUUAGAAUUUAAAUACAGAGUAAGUUGCUGCAUUUUGGGAAGCUUGUCAAAAGUAGAGUUCACUGUCAUUUCCUUGGAAGUAUGAUCUUGUUGAAAGCGGUUUAAAUGAACUACAAAAAUGAGACUGUUAAACUAGCAUCAACAAUAUAGUAUCCCUAAAAUCCAUCUACUGAUGGAUGUUUAAGCAUGCUAGAUUUAAUUGCAGUAUUCUUGGAUGCUACAAGUUAGGGUAAAAGUUUUCUCUAAAACAAACGUUUAAAUCUUCCUUUUUGUCUGUUGGUCAUUUGGAAUGCACUUAUAUUUACUCUCCCGAAGCUUUUGUGAAGACUUUUGUUACACAGUCUAUGGGAUGAUUUCGUAUUUUGUGCUGUUUGUGCCAAACCAAUGUUUAUACCAAUAGAUAAGGAUCUUAACCUUCUAAAAACUUUUCUCUGACAUUGUAUGAAUCAGCUUGAAGCGGAACGCUAGUAAAACUUUGCCAAUUUAACAGAAUAAGAUGUUGAUUUAUGUUUCCACAGAUGAAAUGCACAGUAAAAUGAGUGUUGACUGAUUUCUAGAUGUGCCUUUAUCGUACUGGCAAUAAAAGCACCAAGAACUUC